AUGACUGCGGGUUGCAUUUCCGGGAGCAUUUUGGAGCGGGGACCCCGGCCCAGUCUGCCACCGAGUCUACCACCGAGUCUGGCACCCAGCCUGGCACCAAAGCCCGGCCCCAAGGCUCGCCCCACUGCUGCCGCGCUAAGACCGCCGGAGGCUCUCCGCCGAUCAUGUCAAAGCUUCUCUGCUCGUCUUUGUCGCAGUCGAGGUUUGAUCAAGUGGCCAGGGGCCUUCUAG